AUGGCGGCAGGUCUAACACAACGCAGGAUCCAAGAUGGCAGCGCCACAGGCAGGGGAGCAGAGCCGCAGAUGUCUCAAUUGGGACCACGCAUUCAAGGGCCUCUAUUCAAGCAUGCUCAGUAUGGGAUCCUGGAGGCAGCAGCUGUUGACCUUACCUGUUGCAGUGGAAGCUUGGAGGGGAAAAGAGAGCAGAAGAGCUACAAAGCGGUUUUGGAAAAUCCCAUGCUGAGGUUUUCGGGGCUGUACCAGGAGACCUGCUCGGACUUAUACGUGACCUGCCAAGUCUUUGCAGAAGGGAAACCCCUUGCACUUCCUGUCCGGACCUCCUACAAAGCCUUCAGCACCAGGUGGAACUGGAAUGAAUGGUUGAAACUGCCGGUCAAGUACCCAGAUUUGCCAAGGAAUGCUCAAGUGGCCUUCACCAUAUGGGAUGUCUAUGGACCUGGCAAAGCAGUACCAGUUGGGGGAACGACAGUCUCACUCUUUGGAAAAUAUGGGUAA